GAAAUUUUGUGCCUCAAAAAUAUAAUGAGAAUUUGCCAUUUCUUUUGGGUGGUGAGCAUUUUCAAUGUUUUCGUCACUGGAAAAUAUGUUAAAAUUGAUGUUUACGAAAAAGUGUCGCAAAGCACGGGAUUUCUUGACAAAAUAAAACAGUACGAUGGAUUAAUAAAAUUGCUUCAAAAAAUACGUAAUGAUUUAGACUUUGGUAUAGAAGAUGCAUGGAGAAAUGCAAAACCUACCUACAAAGGUUGUGAACCAUUAAAAACUAGUCGACAUUCUGUGCAAUGUGAUUAAGCCUUCCUUCACAUAUCUUUUUUCUUAUAAUAUAAUUUUCAAUGAUGCGUUAAUUUGUGCUGAACUUUUUGAAUGUGUGAGAAUUUUU